GGCCACUAUAACUGUUCCACUCCACUCUCCACCCCCACGUCCUUCUACCCCCGAAUGAACGCGACACAACACAGACAUCCCGCGUUAUGCAGUCUUUGAGUUGCGGGCCGUGUGCCAGUGUGCGACACUAAACAACUUUGCCGAUCGCGUCUUCGCUCCGCAAAAACUUUUAGCGCGAAAUAUUAACAUUGUUUAAGUGUCCCAUUUCGAACUCUGACCGUCGAAAUGUUGACUAUGUCAACUUUGAUGAUGCCUGCUUCGGCAGUACCUGCCAGUAUGUCUGCUCCAGGCCUUUUGCCGGUGCCAAAGUUGGAAGCCAUAAGAAUUAAUCAUACGCCACCAAAUUCUACUGUUGCUUUACCUCCUGCAACACCAUCGUCUGCAGCUAAAUCAGAGCAUCAUCACAUUUUUGUUGGAGAUCUUAGUCCAGAAAUCGAAACACAAACGCUGCGUGAUGCUUUUGCAGCGUUCGGAGAAAUUUCAGACUGUCGAGUUGUUCGCGAUCCACAAACCUUAAAAUCAAAAGGAUAUGGAUUUGUUUCUUUUAUUAAAAAGGGGGAGGCAGAAAGUGCGAUUGCGGCAAUGAACGGACAAUGGCUUGGAAACCGAAGCAUCAGAACAAAUUGGGCAACUCGGAAACCUCCUACUGCCAAAAAUGAAGCUGCAGCCAAGCCACUAACUUUUGACGAAGUAUAUAAUCAAAGUAGUCCAACUAAUUGCACUGUCUACUGUGGAGGAAUCACGAAUGGCUUGACCGAAGAACUGAUGCAAAAGACUUUCGCACCAUUUGGGACCAUUCAAGAAAUUAGGGUUUUUAAAGACAAGGGUUAUGCUUUUGUUAGAUUUUCCACUAAAGAAUCGGCCACGCACGCUAUUGUAGCAGUCCAUAACACAGAUAUUAACGGACAAGUUGUUAAAUGCUCAUGGGGCAAGGAAUCAGGAGAUCCUAAUAAUGCACCAACUGUUAGUCAAACCAUCUCGGGAACAACAUUUCCCUAUGGCACGUACGGACAACAACUUGGUUAUUGGUACCCACAAAGCUAUACGACAGCUAGUACAUCACAAAUGCCUACAGGGCAAUUUAUCGGAGGUAUGCAGGGCUAUGCUUAUGGACCAAUUGGAGGUUAUCAAUCACCUUCUUAUGCAAUGGGAAUGGGACUUCAAGUACCAACUGCAGCCACGUCAUGGCAAAGCAUUCCAGCACCUUCUCAAAUUCCUACAACGCCUCAGCAGAUGGCUACGCCGACGACGACGCUCCAGCAACCUGGUAUAGUUUUUCCAAUUCAACAGUAUCAAUUGGCAGACGAUACCGAAUGGUUGACACCCCUUCUGGUAUGAAUUAAAUCAAAAAGCAGUUAUAGAAAAUAAUGGAUUUACCUGAUGAGACAGUUGUGUUCUGAGUUACCUUUAGCCCUCAUAUUUCCGAUAUUCCAUUUCUAUGAUAUGGAUUAAUACUAAACUGGUACCCUGAAUGUUACCUUCCUAAAUUUUGAAGGCUAUUCUUGUAACCAACUAAAAGUGAUAAUUUUAGGGUUGAUUUUUUGAGAUGUACAAAUACAAUUAGUGUAAAUGUGACGUAGAUAGGGUAAAUAAAUAUUUAUAAACAUAUACAUAUAUAUAUAUACAUAAUAAAUUAUAUUUAUAUGUACACCAUGAAAUAAAUAAUUAGCCUCCAAAAAAUUAGGCUACUAUUUCGACAUGGUUUAUUUAAUUAGCGUAAUAAAUAAAUUAUUGUACAGAUAUCAAUUAGAUGUAUAUAAAUGAGAAAACAAGUACCCAAAACUACCAAAAAUAGAGUUUUGAAAGUCUAAGUUAUUGAGGGCGCUUUAAAAAAAAAAAAAAAAAAAAACAAAACACGAAAAAGUAAGUGAUAAAAUAUAAAACUAACGUGAUAUUUAGAAAUUUUAUAUGAAAAACACUUAUUUCAACAGAGGGCAAAUUUUGAUACCAAAUAUAGAAAUACAACCAGAACAAUUAGAAUUACCAGCUAAUAGGUAUUUUUAGAAUAUUGUAGUGUAAAAUUACAAUUGAAUACAUGGAAACAAAAGUAACCAAAUUUAUUAAAACUCACAAAAAAAAAAUUAAUGCUAAGCUACUACUAUUGAUUUUAUUUGUAGGAUUAGCUCCUUCAGACUAAUCUCACAAUCGAUACAAAUAGUAUUUUGUAGGUCAAUUUCUUCUAGGUUUUAGAUACAGCUGAUAUUGAUUUUUGUACCAGCCACUUAAUCUAUUAUUUAAUGACAAUAAUUAUUAUUAAAAUGUCGGAAUUUCAUGUAUUCAAUUUCAAUUUUGGGCCCGUUGGAAUGGAUUAAAUAAGUUUAGUGCAAUAUUUUAACAUGUUGUUUUUAUUUCAGCUGUUAAUGUUUUCGAGGAGUUUUUCAAACUUACCGGAAAAGGUGAACCGGUUUGUAGUACCCACCUAGCCCACUAAUAAAAUUUUUGAGUAGGGCUAAUGUUUCUGAUAAGUUUGAGAAGAAUACCUUGAUAGCGUCGUUUUAACGAGAGUUUUGAAACUUCAAGGACUGUUUCAUGCAUAUUAUUAAUUAUUAAUACUUAAUGCGAUUUCCAGAAGAGAAGUGUUUGUUUUUUCCUUUAAAACAAAAGAAGUAAUGUCUAAAUAUUAAACAUCAUGGUGAAUAACAAUAAUGGACGUUGCCGCAUCUAGGAAAUACCGUCAUAACUUAAAUUAAUGACAUUAGGUUAUAAUGACAAUCCACGUUUAGAGUUAGGAAAUAAUGUGAUGUUCACUUUAUAGAAUGUUUGAGAAAGUUCUUGAAUUUCUUAAAAACUUAUACGACAUUGUUUAACAAGCAAUUUGGCACAGUUAUGCUGACGAAAAUAUGCACUUUGUGAUGCCUUUCAUUUGUUGAAAACCAAGAUAAAUGCACUCAUAUCAUAAUUCAUAUCAAAAAUAUUUAAACUAUGAUUUAUUUAUUGAAAUGCUGACAUUAAAGCUAUAACAAGUCUAUCAAAUUUUAAUUUUAUCCUUUAUUAUUGUUGGCAUCUGUAUGUUCGAGACGGAUUCAAGAUAUUAAAUAUUUUAUUAGUUAAGAAUUCCUCCUUCAGAUUUAAUAGUUUUGAGAAGUCCUGAUAUUACAUCUUCAGCCGUUGAGAGUCAAAUUUAAAAAAGCCGUAAAUCUAAUUAGGAGUUCUCAAAACCAAUGACUCACCACGGAUGAUAAAUCGCAACGAAAAUUUUUGGGUCGAAUACCAAACCAAUUCACCUUUUUCCUUUAGUCCUAGCCGUCUACGUCAAAUCACCAGAUUUAUACCUACCUAAGAGGACGGACUCUAGAUUUAUGAAUUUUUGCGAACAGGCUUCUCAAUGUUUAUUUUGCUAGUAAAUAAGUAUAUGUACAUCAAAAUGAAAAUGGUAUCCUCCACCUCCAACAUUUAUCACCGAAAUAAAAACUAAAUAAAUUAACUGGUAUAAAUUAUUGUAGAAAAUAAGUUUAGUGUCAAAUUGCUUGGUAACAAAAAACCCAUUGAUUUUCCACUUAACAAUAGGUAUUGUCCCAUUUUAGUAAUAAGUCCCCCUAUAUCUGAGUUAUUAUUGAUUUGUAUCCCUUUUUUGAUGUUCGUAUAUAUAAAUGUCAAUUGCACCAUAAUCAUGUCCGUUGCAGAUAAAACAGGGUGCUGCACACUGCGAUGCAGCGCUACCUAAAAAAUAAUAUGAUAGUAUAUAGAUUAUAGAAAAAUCUUUCAUUUAAUGUAAACUAGAAGUUCUACGUAAUAGAUGUUGGUAUAAGUUAAACAUAUCUGUUUAUCUCUGGGAUUGGAUAAUAUUGGUCCCAUGAAUAACAACUAAGAUAUAGCGGUGCAUCCAAUAAAUGGGAUAAAUAGUUAGCUCUUGAUAAAAAAAAUGUAUUUGCACGCUUACCCGAAUAGCACCAUUAUAAUAUGACGACUGUAUAAAUGUUAAUUGUAAAAGAAUCACUAAAAUAAAAUAAAAAUAUACCACAACCAGAAA